AUGCAACUUUUCUGCUCAUCAUUAUUAACACCACCUUUUUCACAGUCUGAUUUUGUUCUUCUUUUGAUUCCAGCCCUUCUGCUCUUAGGCCUGGUCCUCCAAUGGCGCCACCCCAAACACAAGCGCCUGCCCCCUGGCUCAAUGGGCUGGCCUUAUAUUGGAGAGACUCUCAGGCUUUACACUGAAAACCCAAAUUCAUUCUUCUCCAGCAGGCAAAAACGGUAUGGAAAUAUAUUUAAGACCCAUGUUUUGGGGUGCCCCUGUGUGAUGAUUACAAGCCCAGAAGCAGCAAGAAUGGUUCUUGUGAGCCGGGCACAUCUGUUCAAACCAACUUAUCCAAGAAGCAAAGAGAGAAUGAUAGGGCCAGAAGCCAUAUUUUUCCACCAAGGGGCCUACCAUGCAAGUCUGAAGAAGCUGGUUCAGGCUGCCCUUUUGCCCUGUGCAAUAAAAGGGUCAGUUUCAGAGAUUGAGCAAAUUGUUCUGAGGCUUCUACCUACUUGGGAAAACAGCAGCAUCAACACUUUGCAAGAGAUGAAGAGGUUUGCUUUUGAUGUGGCAAUGAUUUCAGCCUUCGGCAACAAUAGGGACUUUGAAAUGGAAGGAAUUAAACAUCUGUAUCAAUGCCUUGAGAAGGGCUAUAAUUCUAUGCCUCUUGAUCUACCUGGAACUCCUUUUCACAAAGCCAUGAAGGCAAGGAAGCUUCUCAAUGAGACGUUGAGGGAAUUGAUAGCGGAGAGAAGGAAGAGUGAUGGGGACGAAAGUGGUGGCUUGCUGAGAGUACUGUUGGGAAAGGACCAGAAUAAGCCUAACCUGCAGCUUAGUGAUUCUCAAAUUGCUGACAAUAUCAUUGGGGUUAUCUUUGCUGCUCAUGACACUACUGCAAGUAUCCUAACAUGGCUCAUCAAAUAUCUGCACGAUAAUGCCGAUCUCCUUGAAGCUGUCACUAGAGAACAAGAAGGAAUUCGACGCAAAUUAUUCGCUGAGAAUCGUGGGCUUACGUGGGAUGAUACUAGACACAUGCCUUUAACAAGUCGGGUGAUUCAAGAAACUCUAAGAACAGCAAGUAUACUGUCGUUCACAUUCAGAGAAGCAGUGGAAGACGUGGAGUUUGAGGGUUAUUUUAUCCCUAAAGGUUGGAAGGUGCUGCCUCUAUUCAGAAGCAUUCAUCACUCUGCUGAUUUCUUCCCGCAUCCCGAAAAAUUUGACCCUUCAAGAUUUGAGGUGCCACCAAAACCAAACACUUUCAUGCCCUUCGGGAAUGGCGUGCAUUCUUGUCCAGGCAAUGAGCUGGCCAAGCUUGAGAUGCUCAUCCUCCUCCACCAUCUCACCAUUGCAUACAGGUGGCAAGUGACAGGAGAUGAGGAUGGGAUACAAUAUGGCCCUUUCCCAGUACCCAAACAGGGAUUACCAAUAACAGUAGUCCCAAGGAGCAAGAUUGUGAGUUGA